CGCCUCUCCCUCGGAUCUUCCAUCUCUCUCUCUCUCAAUCCCCACAAAAAAAAAAAACAAAAAACAAAGACUGAGUCGUAAUUUUUCAGACGUAUCAAAACUUUCCCCAUCUCUAAUUUUUCAAAACUUUUGGCUUCCCGAGCUAUGAGCGCAGUGCGUGUGCGUCUGCUUCCGCUGAUUUUAGCUUGAUCGGAAUAAGAAACCGCCGUGUUUCCUAGAUCGUAAUUUUUGGAAAAAAAUGGUAGCUUUCGUCUUCAUGCUUAUCUUCACGAUCGGUGUGAUCGUCGCACUCCUUUGGGCUUUCUUCAAGUCACUCCCUUGGAUUCUCCGGCAAUUUGCUGGAAUUACUCUCAGUUAUCAGUUUGAUAGAUGGAAUUGCUUGAAGGAUGUUGCAUUGCAUUUCAAGAAGGGUUCUGUUGAAUCUGUCUUCGUUGGAGAAUUUAAAGCCACUCUAAGUCAAUCACUGGUUGAACUUUUUGCCACGGCUUUUAUCCAGGAUCCUAAAGUGAUUUUCUCAAUUUGUGACCUGAAAAUAGUAACUAGACCCUCCAACUCACGUAAAGGUCCUCGGAAAUCAAAAACUCGGAAAUCGGGCUCUGGUGGCAAAGGAAAGUUGAUGCUAUUCGCUAAUAUUGGGAGAUUCUUUUCACUCUCCAUGACAAAUUUGGUUGUGCAGACACCUAAAGCUACAGCAGAAAUCAAGGAGUUGGAGCUCGAUUUAUCAAAGGACAGAGGUUCAGGGAAUUUUUUCAUCAAACUGUACCUAUUGCCGAUAUUUGUACAGAUUGGUGAACCACAUGUUACUUCCACUCAUUCACCUGAGAAGAACAGUGACACUUGCCUCGAUAGGCAGACAUCUUCCAAAACCGCAGAGGGAUCUUCUUCCUCCUCUUCUUUUCUUUGCGAAAAGCUCUCGCUCUCCUGCGAAUUUGGUCAUAAUAGACAAUCAAGUCCAAGUAUAAAAAAUGUCGAAGUAGACCUAGCUGAUGCUGUUCUUAACCUUAACGAGAGGCUGCUGUUGAAAAAAAAAUCCUCGACAAGUGCUGCUUCCACAGGUGAAGUGAUUGAAUCGAGUUCUAGUUACACCACUUCAGAGAAGCCUCCAAAGCAACCAAUGAAUGUUUUGGUUGCAAAGCAUGCUUCAAAAUUUCCUGAGAAGGUUUUAUUUGAUUUGUCGAAGCUUGAAAUCAGAUUUGUGCAUCAAGAACGUGAUUUUUCUAUCGCGAAUAGCAUAUCAGGAUUGCAGUUGAGAAGUGCCAAAUCCCAAUCCGGUGAAGAUGGCAGGGAAGACACAUGUCUUGAUUUUGUCAUGGAACUUCGGGAGAUGCAUCUUUUCAGAGAAUCUGAAGUUUCUGUCUUAGAGAUGAAAAAAUUUGGAGUUUUCUCCAAGGUGUAUUGUCCAAUACAGGAAUCUUUGCCUGUUAGAGCAGAGGUUGAGAUUAAGCUGGGAGAUAUAAUGUGCAACAUGAUAAUGACAAGAUUUGAGCCGCUGUUGCGUUUGCAUUUCUCUAGAAAGAAAAAGAUGGUUCUCAAAGAGGAAAGACCUAACAUUGCAAAAUCAGAGACUACUAGUUUUAAGGCUGUGGUAUGGAAAUGUGCCACCUCUGCCCCUGAUGUGAGGGUGGUGCUAUACAAUCUUAGAGGUUCUCCUAUCUACCAAUGCUGCUUAAAUUCAUUUCAGGUCACUGCCGAUAAUAUGUCAACCAGAGGAACAGUUGUACAGAUUGAGCUAAAUGAACUGAAUUUGUGCAUGGUAGAUGAAAACCAGGGAUGUUUAAAAGAAAGCCUCUUUGGUUUAGAGUCAACCCCAGGUUCAUUAAUCAGUAUAAGAAAGGUCAGAUCAGAAAUGGGAAAGAAAGAGGGAGUGUUACCUGAGGUUGAUGGUUCUAAAGGUAAACAAACACUGGUGGUUGACGUAUCAGAAAUCAGUCUGUUAUUUUCUUUCAGGAGUUUUGAAGCACUUGUAGUAAAUGCAAUGUCAAUUCAGGGUUUCGUCAAAAGUUUAACCGGUACUAGUAAUAAGAACAGACAGGAAAAAGUAGAACAUAGAUCAAAGCCAUCGGGUAGGGGGACGCAACUCUUGAAAUUCAAUGUUGAACGUUUCUCUGUGAAUUUCGCUGGAGAUUCAAGCCUGGACAAUAUAGUCAUUGAUGAUCCUAAACGUGUCAAUUAUGGAUCACAAGGUGGAAGAGUAAUAAUUAGUGUCUCAGCUGAUGGAACACCCCGGACUGCCACCGUUUUCUCUACUUUAUCCAAGGAACAUGAGAAGUUGAAGUACAUAAUUUCGUUUGAAAUACUGAAAUUCGGCUUUACUUUGAACAAGGAGAUUCAGUCUACACAGGUAGAACUUGAAAAAGCAAAAUCGAUCUACCAGGAAUUUUUGGAGGAACCUCACCAAGUUUCCAGUGUGACACUUUGUGACAUCCAAAAUGCUAAGUUUGUACGUCGUAUAGGCGGUGCUAAGGAACUUUCAAUCUGCUCGCUCUUCAGUGCCUCUAAUAUUGCCGUCAGAUGGGAGCCUGAUGUGCACAUAUCAAUGGUCGAGCUUGGUCUGCGUUUGAAGUCCCUGGUCUUAUCUCAGAAACUUAAGCAACAAGGAAACCAAGAAGAUGCGUCCAGUGUAACAGGUGAUAGACAGAAGGAAGAACCAACUACUAGUCCGAAUUCUGUUGAUAAGAAAAAGAAGAAGGAAUCUAUAUUUGCUGUUGAUGUAGAGAUGUUGAGCAUAACUGCGGAGGCUGGGGAUGGGGUGGAGGCUGAGGUACAGAUUCAGUCAAUUUUCUCAGAGAAUGUGGGUAUUGGAGUACUGCUGGAAGGAUUUAUGCUUGGUUUUUGUGGAUGUAGAAUAGUCAAAAGUAGUCGGGUACAGAUAUCACGAAUUCCCAGCAUGCCUUCCACUACAUCCAGUGCAACAACAGCAACAGGAACCCCAUGGGAUUGGUUAGUUCAAGGAGUUGAUAUACAUAUAUGCAUGCCCUUCAGGUUACAGCUCCGAGCUAUUGAUGAUGCUGUCGAAGAAAUGCUGAGGGCUUUGAAGCUUGUAAUCAACGCCAAAACCAAACUCAUUCUUCCAAUAAAAAAGGAAAGCUCGAAACCUGGGUCGAAAAAAUUUGGAUGUAUAAGAUUCGGCAUUCGCAAGUUAAUAUUUGAUAUUGAGGAAGAACCCCUCCAGGGUUGGCUUGAUGAGCAUUAUCAUCUUAUGAAAAAAGAAGCCUAUGAGUUAGCCGUAAGGUCGAAAUUCCUUGAUGAACUAAUUUCCGGGGGAAGCCAGGUUCCUAAAACUGGGGAAGAUGAGUCAGACAGUGAGAAGAAAUUUUCUUUUGAGGGAGAAGAAAUUGACACGCAAGAUCCUUCCAUUAUCCAGAGGAUGAAUGAAAAAUUAUAUAAACAAUCGUUCAGUUCAUACUACAAGUCCUGUCAAAGUUUGAGACCAGCAGAUGGUUCAGGUGCCUGUAAAGAAGGAUUUCAGGCUGGUUUUAAGAUGAGCACUUCUAGGACAUCUCUACUUUCUGUUUCUGUUACUAAUUUGGAUCUAAGUCUCACGGCUAUUAGUGGAGGUGAAGCUGGGAUGAUAGAAAUCGUUAAGAAGCUUGAUCCUCUAUGUGAAGAAAAAGACAUUCCUUUUUCAAAGCUUUAUGGAAGCAAUCUUCGGUUAAAUACUGGAACUCUUGCUGUUCAAAUAAGAAACUACACAUUUCCUCUUCUCUCAACAGCUUUGGGUAAAUGCGAAGGCCUUCUUGUGUUGGCUCAGCAGGCAACAGCUUUUCAGCCCCAAAUAAUCCAUGAUGUAUACAUAGGACGAUGGAGAAAGGUGCAGAUGCUCCGUUCAGCCAGUGGAACAACACCCGCAAUGAAAACAUACCUUGAUUUGCCAUUACAUUUUCAGAAGGGAGAGGUCUCCUUUGGAAUCGGAUAUGAACCAGUACUUGCUGAUAUUAGUUAUGCCUUCACUGUGGCUCUUCGUAGAGCUAAUCUCAGUCUCAAGGGUCCUGGUCUUAUUCAGCCUCCCAAAAAGGAGAAAAGUUUACCAUGGUGGGAUGAAAUGAGAAAUUACAUCCAUGGUAAUAUAACCUUAUCCUUUUCUGAGACAAAGUGGAUUGUUCUUGCUACUCCAGACCCCUAUGAAAAGCUUGACAAGCUCCAGAUGACCUCUGCCUCCGUGGAAAUCCAGCAAUCAGAUGGCCGUGUGCACUUCUCUGCGGAGGACAUAAAAAUUUUCUUUAGCAGUUUUGAAGGUUUGGCUAGACAUUAUCCAAGCCCUCCAAUGUGUCCAUCCAUCUACCCUUUCCUUGAGGUUCCACGUUUCAGUCUUGAAGUCCGGAUGGAUUGGGAGUGCGAGUCUGGAAGUCCAUUGAAUCAUUAUCUGUUUGCCUUGCCUAAUGAAGGAAAGGCUCGUGAUAAAAUUUACGAUCCUUUCAGGUCUACUUCUCUCUCACUGCGCUGGGAUUUCACUUUAAGACCUAACCCAUCAGUAUCUCCAGUUGAUAAAACAGUAGAAGCUGGAUCCAAGUGUAAGCUUGAGAAAUCUUCUUUUUCUCCACCCACAAUAAACAUUGGUGCUCAUGAUUUGGCAUGGUUGAUCAGAUUCUGGAACAUGAAUUAUCUUCCUCCUUACAAACUGCGCACUUUUUCCCGGUGGCCUCGCUUUGGAGUUCCAAGAAUCCCGAGAUCAGGGAAUUUGUCCCUAGACAGAGUGAUGACAGAAUACAUGCUUCGCUUAGAUGUUACACCUAUUUGUAUCAAGCAUAUGACUCUGGAUUCUAAUAAUCCUGCCAAAGGCUUGACAUUUGAUAUGACCAAGCUUAAGUAUGAAAUCUGCUUCAGCCGUGGCAACCAGGAUUUUACCUUUGACUGCAAGCGUGAGACUCUUGAUCCAGUAUACCAGGGAAUAGACCUCCAUCUGCCUAAAGCUUUUUUAAGAAGGGAUCAGGAUUGCUCAAAGUCAGCUCAGAUGAUUCGAACAAGUUCACAAUCUGGAUCUACUGAUAGAGUUACUUCUGAUAAUGGUAAUUCUAUCAGUGAUUGCGUAGAGAAGCAUCCUGACGAUGGGUUUUUGUUUUCAUCUGAUUAUUUUACAAUCAGGAGGCAGGCCCCUAAGGCUGACCCUGAAAGACUGAUGGUAUGGAAAGAAGAAGGGAAAAUAUAUCGUGAAAAAGUAGAUGCAAAAUGUACAACUGAAAGACGAAGUGAACCUGAAGAGGAUUCACAUUCAGAACCGAGCGAUGAUGAUGGAUACAAUGUCGUGAUAGCCGACAACUGUCAGCGUAUUUUUGUAUAUGGACUCAAACUAUUGUGGAACAUAGAAAACAGAGAUGCUGUUUUGUCUUUUGCUGGUGGGAUGUCCAAAGCAUUUCAAGCUCCUAAGCCUUCCCCUUCACGUCAGUAUGCUCAGAGAAAGUUACUUGAGGGCAGCCAGAAGCAUUCUGAAUUAGAAGUUCCUCAAGAUGACCCAGCUAAACAGCCUUCCACGGGAAAUGGAAAUCUCACUUCCCAAUCUAAGGAGCCUGUGGAAGUUCAUUCACCUUCAUCAGAACCAAAUAAAACAGAGAACUUUGCAUCUUUCCCACUUGGAGCCACAAAAAUUGGCAAUUCAAAUGGUUCAGAGGAAGAAGGAACUCGGCAUUUUAUGGUGAACGUUGUUGAGCCACAAUUCAACCUCCACUCAGAAGAAAUAAAUGGUAGGUUUUUGCUCGCUGCUGCCAGUGGCCGUGUUUUAGCACGAUCAUUUCAUUCAGUUGUUCAUGUUGCUUAUGACAUGAUUGAGAAGGCAGCUCAAAAUGAAAAUGAACAAAAUCCUGAAAAUGGCACUGACAUGACAUGGACACGCAUGGAAGUGUCCAUGAUGUUGGAGCAUGUACAAGCUCAUGUGGCACCGACAGAUGUCGAUCCAGGAGCAGGGGUGCAAUGGCUCCCAAAGAUUAGAAAAAGGUCCCCAAAGGCAAAGCGAACUGGUGCACUGCUUGAAAGGGUUUUUAUGCCGUGUGACAUGUACUUUCAAUACACCAGGCACAAAGGUGUGACUCCCGACCUGAAGGUGAAGCCACUGAAAGAGCUUACCUUCAAUUCUCGUAAUAUUACAGCAUCGAUGACAUCCCGGCAGUUUCAAGUUAUGUCGGAUGUUUUGUCCAAUCUUUUGCUUGCAAGGUUACCAAAGGCUCAUAACGACAGUUUAAAACUUUCUGGUGAAGAAGAUGAUGAAGUUGAAGAGGAAAUUGAUGAGGUAGUUCCUGAUGGCAUUGAGGAGGUGGAACUUGCAAAAAUCGAACUUGAACAGAAAGAGAGGGAUAGGAUGUCGCUUCUUGAUGACAUCAGAAAAUUGACGCAGAGCGAAAGUAACUCAGGAAAGAUAAAUCUCGAAAAAGAAAACGAUUUUUGGAUGAUUACUGGUGGGAGGCCAGUAUUGGUGGAAGGACUGAGGAAAUCGUAUCACAAGGUGCAACAAUCUAGGAAGACAGCAUAUACAGCACUACGAACUUGUGUGAAGAAUGCUGCGGAGCUAAGGUUGUUAGAAAAAGAUAAGAACAAAAGGCCAUCCUCUGCCAUGCGCAUUUCCUUGCAGAUCACCAAAGUCAUCUGGUCUAUGGUUUUAGAUGGGAAAACAUUUGCUGAGGUUGAAAUAGACAAUAUGAUUUAUGAUUUUAACCGGGACUACAGAGAUAUUGGGAUUGCCCAAUUCACAACGAGAUAUGUUGUCCUGCGGAACUGUCUGCCUAAUGCCAAGUGUGAUACUGUUCUAUCAGCUUGGAAUCCUCCUCCGGAAUGGGGCAAGAAAGUGAUGUUACAGGUAGAUGCAAGACAAGGAGCCCCAAAAGACGGACAGGCUCCUUAUGAACUGUUCCAAGUCGAAAUCUAUCCUCUAAAAAUCCAUUUGACAGAAACAAUGUACACAAUGAUGUGGGAGUAUAUCUUUCCAGGAGAGGAGCAACAUUCACAGAGAAGGGAGGAAGUUUGGAAAGUGUCAACAACCUCAGGAUCAAAGCGAGUCAGGAAAGGUUCAUUCGCUGAAGCGGCAGCGUUGCUCACUACAUCUGAUAUAAGCCAGGGAUCAAAGAAUCAAAACCUGAAGUCUAGCACGCUCCGUGGUUCAGGGAGAGAACUGAGAAGGACAUCCUCUUUUGACAGAUCAUGGGAGGAGACUGUGGCAGAAUCUGUAGCUACUGAGCUUGUUCUAUCUAAUAUGAAGGAUUCGAAAUCUUCCAAGGCUGGCCGUUCAGUUCAUGAAGAAAAAAAGGGGGAAAAGUCAUUGGAAGACAAGAAAUCUAGGCCCCAAAAGAUAAUGCAAUUCCAAACCAUCAAGAUAAGUCAGGUGGAAUUGCUGAUCACUUACGAGGGGUCAAGAUUUGUUGUGAACGAUAUGAAGCUGUUGAUGGACACAUUCCAUCGUGUUGAAUUCAGCGGAACAUGGAGGAGACUCUUCUCACGAGUAAAGAAGCACAUAAUAUGGGGAGUCCUCAAGUCGGUAACUGGAAUGCAAAUGAAGAAAUUCAAAGACAAAACCCAUGUUCCAAAAGAGGAGAUUGGUUUAAGAGACAAAGACGAGUCGGGGAGAUUAUCAGAUCAGAAUUCAGGGGUAUGGGAGAAGCGCCCUGGCGACAAUGCAGGUGACGGAUUUGUCACAUCGAUUAGAGGUAUUUUCAAUACCCAAAGACGAAAGGCCAAGAAAUUUGUGCUUCGGACAAUGAGAGGCGAAACAGAAGACAACUUCCCAGGGGAAUGGAGUGACAAUGAAUCAGACUUUUCUCCCUUUGCAAGACAGUUGACGAUUACUAAAGCUAAGAAACUCAUCAGGCGUCACUCUAAGAAGUUCCAAAAUCAAAACACAACUAAAGGUUCUAAAAAGCCCCAACUCUCGCCUACUCUGUCUCCUCCUAAGGAAGAAGACCAUUACGAAAGUGACUCUUCCAGUGGAUCGUCUACUUACGAAGAGUUUCUUGACCAGAAUCCGAUUUAAGAUAGAAAUCAAAAAUUUUGUUUCCUAUAAAUUUUGUAAAGAGUUGCAGAUUACUAUACCACCACGUUUACACUCUUUGAAGAUAGCUUACAUCAACUGUACUAGCUUAGUGUUGAUAAGACUGGCUUAUGACAUGGAAGAAGGUUUUGUUUGGGAAUCAUACAUUUUUUGGGCUUAUGAUGGAGUCAUGUAUGUACUGAAUCUAGUAAGUGUAAGUAUCAAAUUAAUACAUAA